AUGGCAGACCAAAAGGAAAUGAAGAAGCGCCUGAAGGUGCUCAUGCAAAAGCCAGAAAACCAAGUGUGCUCCGAUUGCCCGGAGCGUCAGCCACGUUGGGCAUCUCUGAUUGUGGCUCCACCAGGGUCUCCUCCUGGGACCUUGGCGACGGGUGCAUUUUGCUGUUUGGAAUGCUCUGGGUCGCACCGUCGAUUGGGUGUGCACAUUAGUUUUGUUCGGUCGAUCAAUUUGGAUUCCUGGAAGGAGAAGGAAGUUUUGGCCAUGGAAAAUGGAGGAAAUAAAAAGGUCAAUGCCAUUUGGGAAGCAAAUCUUGCGAGAUUCGGAGCCCAAAAGCCUCCUUCCGGUGCCGACUUGACCACUCGAGAGCGCUACAUCAGGGACAAGUACGAACGUCGCAAAUUCUUUGACCCGACUGCGCUCGUCAAUUACCAAAACAACGAACCAUCCUUUGAUGAUCUCGUGCCCAAAGGUGGAGCGGACUUUGCCAAUUUCGGACCUCCUCCCGACACACAAGUCUCUGAUGCGGCCAAACUCAGAGCGGAAAAAAAGAAAAAGAAAGCACCCACCAGGAACAAGUCGUUCGAAGCUCCGUCGCGAUCCAAGUCAGGUGAAGGGAAAAAACGAAACAAAAAAGAGCCGGAACCUGCCGUGGCGGAUCUAUUGGACUUUGGGGCAGUCGAACCAGCUGUCGCACCACCCACGAACAGCAGCAGCAACGGAGGAGCUCCCUUUGGAGACUUUUUCGGCCAGACGGAAGCUCAAGCUGGACCGCCUGCACAGAUGGCCGAUACACGCCAGGGGGGACAGGAUCGGGCGGGUGGUGGACGGAGAAGAGGUUCUCGAAGCCGCAGCAAAUCCAGAGCGGAUAUGCGGACAAAGUCCAAAACACCAGAUCGUGAAAAGACUCGAAAGACCCAACAGCAAGACAUUCUCAACAUGUACAAUGCGCCAAUGGGUGCACCUGCUGUGCCUGGUGUUGGAGGCGCUGCAGCUGGAAUCAACAAUAUGACGCCCAACAACAACCAAGCUAACAUGAUGGCCAUGAUGCAGCAAAUGCAAAACAUGAACAUGAAUCCCCAACAGCAGCAGCAGCAACCCGCAGCUUUUGGAAUGCCUUCCAUGGUGCCGUCGUCGUCGGCGGCCGCUCAAGACAACAACGCUGGUGGAAAACACAAUUCUAGGCUACAAAUGCACCAAAAUUUAAUGAUGCAGCAAAUGCAGUCACAAAUGCAACAGCAACAACGAAACCUUCAACAAAUGCAGCGCAUGAUGCAGCAAAACCCUCAAAUGAUGCAGCAAAUGCAGCAACUACAGGCACAGAUGCAACAGCAACAACAAGGUGGGAUGAACCCUCAAAUGAUGCAGGCCAUGAUGAACAAGAACGCAAUGCCAGCUGCGGGAGGUCCCGGAGCAAUGCCGCAAAUGAUGGGAGGCACCAUGAAUCCGAACAUGAUGAUGAUGGGAAUGAACUCCACACCAAACGUCAUGAUGGGAAUGAACCCAAACAUGAUGAUGGCGCAACAGCCCCAAGCUCCGCAAAUGAAUGCCUCCAUGAACUUUGGAGGAAUGCCAAUGAUGGGUGCUGCUCCAAACGGAAGAGCUUCUGCAACUGCAAACAGGUCGCCAGAAAAGGAAGAUCCUUUUGCACAGUUUGGUGCCAAUGCUUUUCGAUGA